UUAUGAUGCGGCAACGUUUAAUUUCCCGUUCUGUAAUAUGCUGUGUAAAUCAGCCAUAAAUGAGGCAAAAUAAAGUCGGAAUUGGGGAUUCCGAGCGAGUUGUGAGCAACUCAAUCAAACGAAUUUCUUGUGGAAGGAAGAAAAGAAGCAGAAAAAACAAACAGCAGGAGUUAGAGAAGAAGAAAACAUCUGACUCUCAGGGGUGUGCAGACUCUGAGGGGUCUGCCACCUCUGGGAGCUCCUCAGCGUUUCACUGCUUCCUGGCAGGUCUAGCAUGGAUCUUUGCAGUUCUUCACUUCAACAAGAAAAAUAAAGUUUCGACAGAAUAUGAUGUAAUUCCAAAUUCUGCUCCGAAACUAAUUAAAGUGGAACCAACAGCAGAAAAUAAACCAAUUCCGUCUGUUGGGGAGUCAUCUUCACAGGAUGAUGUCUUGGAGUCACCAGCAAAAUCUGGGCAAGGAAACAUCGAGAAGGUUAAGAUCAACAUAGAAAGUCCAACCCGUGAUGAUGAGAAAUCCCUUACUUCUGAGAGAUCAAAAUCAAUCCAGAAGAAAGAAAAGCAGGUUCAAGCAAAACCUCAGACAGAUUGCACCGAUCUAAAAGAAAAGAGCUCGAUUGGUGUGGUUGAAUCUCCAUCUCCACAUUCUGCUUCUGCCUCCACCAUUAAAAAUAAUGGUCAAAGUGUGACAACAAAAAAAGCAGAAGAUAGCAAACAAAUAUCUUCUGAAGUAUGUUUUUGCAGCUUUUUUUAUAAGAUUGGUUCAACAUGCCCAAGAAAAAUUACUAUCAGAUAUAAAAAUUUAAUUUUUUUUAUCACAUAUUUGUACCAGAUUCCAGUCAAAACCGGAAACAAUUCAGAGGAUUCACGAGGAAAGACAUCCAGCUCUGUGAUUGGUUCUCCAGCUUCUGAGCCACUUUCACUGGAUAGUGAACAGGAUGAGUCAGUCAAGGAGGAUGGGAACGACAACAAAUUGUCUUUGGAACAUCAAGCAAAACCUGAAAAGAUUUUGGAUGAUUUGCAAGAAAAGGCUUCAGUGUUUGUGAAAGAUCUUCUGACUUCGGAUUCCUUGAAAAUCAAACUGUCCGCAAUGGUUGAGCAGUGUAUGGAUAGUGGAAAAAUACUUUCAAAGUUGCCAGCACAAGAGGAAACAAUCAGUGAUAACUUGAAUGGACAAUCUCAAGUUAACAACUCGGAUUUGACAAAAUUCAUCAAGUCUGAGGAAAAAGUGCAAAACACUUUGAAAACAUCUUCCCAGGUUUCAGCAACUUGCGAGAACAACGGAGUCAAUGAGGGACAUGAGAAAAUCUUGAGCAAUAGAGUUGAAUCUCUCGCAUCAGAUGUUUCUGUCUCUGACGUUAACUCCACAGGAGAACAAGUGCUCGGUCUGAAAGUGCCAGUUCAGACUGAAUCUGCAUUUGAAUGCAAAUUGACCGAUUUACAAGAAAAGAACUCAGAGUUCGAGAUCGAUUCUCCAAUAUCCGAUGCUCUUUUCUUUGAUGGCAAACCUGAGGAAUCAAAGGAUAUUGACACUGGCAAGAAGUUACAUUCUGAGAGUCAAGCAAGAUCUGAAAAGGUAUUGGAUAAUUUGCAAGGAAACACUUCAGUUUCUACAAAUGAUCCUCAAACUUUUGAUUCUCUCAAAAUGGAACAGGAUGCGGUGAUCAAGGAAAUUGGGAAUGGCGAUAAAAUACCAUUAAAGUUACCAGCACAGGAUGAAUCAAUCAGUGAUAACUUGAAUGAACAAUCUCAAGUUAACAAUUCGGAUUUGACAAAAUUCAUCAAGUCUGAGGGAAAAGUGCAAGACACUUUGAAAACAUCUUCCCCGUUACCAACACAGGGUGAAACAAUCAGUGAUAACUUGAAUGAACAAUCCCAAGUUAACAAUUCGGAUUUGUCAAAAUUCAUCAAGUCUGAGGAAAAAGUGCAAGACACUUUGGAAACAUCUUCCCAGACUGGAUCUGUACUUGAAUGCAAAUUAACUGAUUUGCAAGAAAAGAACUCAGAAUCCAAGAUUGGUUCUCCAAUAUCCGAUGCUCUUUUCUUUGAUGACAAACAUGAGGAAUCCAAGGAUAUUGACGCUGGCAAGAAGUUACAGUCUGAGAGUCAAGCAAGAUCGGACAAGAGUUUGGAUAAUUUGCAAGGAAACACUUCAGUUUCUACGAAUGAUCCUCGAACUUUGGAUUCUCUCAAAAUGGAACAGGAUGCGGCGAUCAAGGAAAUUGGGAAUGGGGAUAAAAUACCAUUGAAGUUACCAACACAGGAUGAAACAAUCAGUGAUAACUUGAAUGAACAAUCUCGAGUUAACAAUUCGGAUUUGACAAAAUCCAUCAAGUCUGAGGAAAAAGUACAAGACACUUUGGAAACAUCUUCCCUGAUUUCAGCAGCUCGAGAAAUCAAUGGGGCCGUUGAGGGACAUGAGAACAUCUUGAGCGAUAGAGUUGAAUCUCUCACAUCAGAUAUUUCUGUCUCUAACCUAAACUCCACGGGAGAACAAGUGCUUGGUCUGAAAUUGCCAAUUCAGACUGGAGAUGCACUUGAAUGCAAAUUGACUGAUUUGCAAGAAAAGAACUCAGAAUCCAAGAUUGGUUCUCCAAUAUCCGAUGCUCUUUUCUUUGAUGGCAAACAUGAGGAAUCCAAGGAUAUUGACGCUGGCAAGAAGUUACAUUCUGAGAGUCAAGCAAGAUCUGAAAAGAGUUUGGAUAAUUUGCAAGGAAACACUCCAGUUUCUACAAAUGAUCCUCAAACUUUUGAUUCUCUCAAAAUGGAACAGGAUGCGGUGAUCAAGGAAAUUGGGAAUAGCGAUAGAAUACCAUUAAAGUUACCAGCGCAGGAUGAAACAAUCAGUGAUAACUUGAAUGAACAAUCUCAAGUUAACAAUUCGGAUUUGACAAAAUUCAUCAAGUCUAAGGAAAAAGUGCAAGACACUUUGAAAACAUCUUCCCAGGUACCAGCAGCUUGCGAAAGCAAUGGAGCUGAUGAGAGACAUGAGAAAAUCUGGAGCGAUAGAGUUGAAUCUCUCGCAUCAGAUAUUUCUGUCUGUAACGUAAACUCCACAGAAGAACAAGUGCUUGGUCUGAAAUUGCCAGUUCAGAUUGAAGAUAAACCUGAGCACAGAUUGGCUGAUGUUCAGGAAAUGACCUCAGUCAUUGUGACUAAACCUUCAACUUCCUCUUCCAUCUCUCUGAACAGAGAGCUACAGGAAUCAGGCAGAAAAGUUGAAGAGACUGAUAACCAACUCCAUUGCAAAUUAGAUGGUGCAAAAAAAAAGGUUUCGGUUUACGAGACAAAUUCUUCAUCGUUUAUUAAUACAAAGAAAGACCAAACAGUUGGAAUUGAUUCGAAAAUCAUAUUUCGAGACCGAAGACUUGCAAAAGUUAAUGGAAAUCCUUUCCAGAACUUUCCAAAAAUUUAUGGAGACUACAGAAUAAAACCGAAAGUUACCCUAUUACCGAAAGUUACGGAAACUCUCCCUAUUCCAAUUCGGAGAUGUGAAGUAAAAUUUGACAAUAAACUGAAGACUUUGAGCAGACAGAUCCCAUUCUUUGGUGAUAAGCGCGUAAAGUUUCAGGAAUCAAAUUCGGACGACGACGGCGAAGAAUAUUUCGCCAUAAAUGAGGAUGUUGACAGUGAUGAUUCGGACACUCAAAAUAAUGACAGAAAAAUAGAAAAGUUGGACGGACCAAUGGAAGAGAAUCGUCAUGAUGGUGCAGAGUCUUGUAUCAGCAACGGAAAGGAAGAAAAUAUCUCUCUGCAGCUCGAAGGCUUUUGUAUCGAAGGCACAAAGUUCGCUCCAAAGCUUCCUCCAGAAGAGGAAGAAAUAAUGGAAGAGAUUGAUGCCGGCUGUGAUGAAGAUGCCAUUGAGCCAAGCCGAGUGAAAACCAACAGACGACUAAAGACAGCAAGAAGAAGACCAAUGGGAGACUUUAACAACACACUCCAAGUAUUGAGCAGAGAAAUUCCACAUUAUGGUGGUUUCAGAAAACACAUGGAUUAUGGAAUUGAAUUGGAUGAAAAUAAGACAGAUGAAGAAGAUAUGGAAAGCAUUGAAGAAUUCAUAAUAAAUGGUGAUUCGGAUUCUUCUAUCGGAAGCAAAAAUAAAUAUUGUGAAAACAUCAGUUCAAAUGAAUUAUUGGAAGAAAUUGAAGAAAAGAUUGAUAAAGGCUGCAAUGAAGAUGCCAUUGAGCCAAGCCGAGUGAAAACCAACAGACGACUAAAGACAGCAAGAAGAAGACUAAUGGGAGACUUCAACAACACACUCCAAGUAUUGAGCAGAGAAAUUCCACAUUAUGGUGGUUUCAGAAAACCCAGUAAUUAUGGAAUUGAAUUGGACGAAAACAAGAAAUAUGAUGAAGAUAUGGAAAGCAUUGAAGAAUUCAUAAUAAAUGGUGAUUCGGAUUCUUCUAUCGGAAGCAAAAAUAAAUAUUGUGAAAACAUCAGUUCAAAUGAAUUAUUGGAAGAAAUUGAAGAAAAAAUUGAUAAAGGCUGCAAUGAAGAUGCCAUUGAGCCAAGCCGAGUGAAAACCAACAGGCGACUAAAGACAGCAAGAAGAAGACCAAUGGAAGAUGACAAACUUUUUUCAAAUCGGAAAGUAAACUCAUCAGCAAUUAAAACACUUCUGGAUAAGGAGAUUGUUUUAGGUGGCAAGAAGACAAAUCAGAAGCAAGAUGCAACAAUACAAUCUGCAACUGCAAAUAAGUCUUGUCCAUCUGACAACAAAAAGAAGGGUGCUGGAAAACCUACAAAACAACCCAAAGACAGUACAGGAGAAUCAACCUCUGGUAAAAAGCCAAUGGUAAAAUUUGGCAAUGGACUGAAGACUUUAAGCAGACAGAUCCCAUUCUUUGGUGAUAAACGCGUAAAGUUUCAGGAAUCAAAUUCGGACGAAGAAGGCGAAGAAUAUUUCGCCAUAAAUGAAGAUGUUGACAGUGAUGAUUCGGACACUCAAAAUGAUGAAACAAAAAUAGAAAAGUUGGACGGAUCAAUGGAUGAAAAUUAUCACGAUGAUGCAGGAUCUCCCAUUAGCAACGGAAAGGAAGAAAAUCUUUCGCUGCAGCUCAAAGGCUUUUGUAUCGAAGGCACAAAGGUUGCUCCGAAGCUUCCUCCAGAAGUGGAAGAAAUAAUGGAAGAGAUCGUUGCCGGCUGUGAUGAAGAUGUCAUUGAGCCAAGCCGAGUGAAAACCAACAGACGAAUAAAGACAGCAAGAAGAAGACCAAUGGGCUGCAAUGAAGAUGCCAUUGAGCCAAGCCGAGUGAAAACCAACAGGCGACUAAAGACAGCAAGAAGAAGACCAAUGGGCUGCAUUGAAGAUGCCAAUGAGCCAAGCCGAGUGAAAACCAACAGACGACUAAAGACAGCAAGAAGAAGACCAAUGGGAGACUCCAACAAAACACUCCAAGUAUUGAGCGGAGAAAUUCCACAUUAUGGUGGUUUCAGAAAACGCGGGAAUUAUAGAAUUGAAUUGGAUGAAGUUAAGAAAGAUGAUGAAGUUAUGAAAAGCAUUGAGGAAUUCAUAAUAAAUGGUGAUUCGGAUUCUUCUAUCGGAAAAGAAAGCAAAAAUAAAUAUUGUGAAAACAUCAGUUCAAAUGAAUUGUUGGAAGAAAUUGAAGAAAAAAUUGAUAAAGGAGAUAACAAACUUUCUUCGAAUCAGAAAGUAAACUCAUCAGCCAUUAAAUCACUUUUGAAUAGGAAGCAAAAGGGUGGCAAGAAGAAAAAUCAGAAGCGAAUUGCACCAAUGCCAUCUGCAACUGCAAAUAAGCCUUGCCCACCUGACAACGAAAAAAAGGGUGCUGAAAAAUCCACAAAACAACCUAAAGGCAGUACUGGAAAAUCCUCUGGUAAAAAGCCAAAGGGUACCGCAAAAAGUGGAAAUUUGGAUGACACGUCAAAGAAAAAGACGACAGAACAACCAAAUCUGGCACCCAUAAAACGGAAAGGAAAAUUCAAAGGUGUACUCAAGGCAUUGAGCAGAAUAAUACCACACCAAGAUCAUAGUGAGGAUAAUCCAAAUGCCAAGAUCAGAAAUCUUCUGCGAGGCAAUGGAAAAAGAAAUAAAAAAUGUGGGACGAAACAACUAAAUUCCAACGACGAAAUGGAAAAAAAUUCAUCAUAUGAUGGAAUGAAUGCUGUGAAACAAGAGGGAAUCGUGCCAUUCGUAAGUGCUGGUGAAAUGCAGUUUUAUGAUAGGCGGAUUCCUGUUGAAAAUGACAAGAUGGCAAAAAUGGACAGAAAGGAUGAUAAUGAUUCGUCUUCUGGCGACGAAAGCAUCAUAUUUCUGACCGAGCCACCUUCGAAAAAAGUUUCACGUGCAAAAAAAUUCUUCCGUCGUAUUAGAAGAUUUUGAUGGUUUCGCAUUUGAGCGAAAUUUCAACGAAGUCUUUUGAUUUAUUUUAAUUGUGUGCUAUUGUUUUGGUUUAUUUCGCAUUUUAGCGAUAUUCCAAUACAAUAUUUUUUUACAUAGGUUUCCAAUUACUUUGAACGGGAUCGAGCGCUCGAGCGGAUAUUUGAUCUUGCUAACAUAUGCUAGUUACGGUCUAUUUUUGGCAUCCUUCAGCGAUAUAUAAUUGAUUUCGUUACUUUUUACUGAUUUGAGGUCCAGAACAAGAGUGAACAAUCUAACAUCCCCUUCCCUGCCGAAUCAUCAUAAAUCGCCCUUCGGUACGAAUGUCCGCUCUGGUUGGGGCUCGCUUGAGAAGAUGGCGGCAUACUUCACCGCUGCAGCUGGGAUAUUCACAGAACUUCGUCGCUUUCCGUACCAAUCUCUUCAGGAUAUGCCCAAAACUCAACGCUUUUUUCCCAAUCUGCGAUCAACCUGUAUUGGUAACCGCAAUAAGGCCGUGAUGUCCCGUAUGAUUAAUCCGUAUCAUAUCAGAUUACCUGUACCGUGGGAAUAAUAUGAAGAAUACAAUCUUAUCGUAGAACGACAAGUUUGCUUUUCGAAUAUCAAGUAGUUGUCCCAAAAAUGUAUGUAUUUCGCUUGUUUUGUGUGUGAUACUCGCUUCAUUCUAGUUGAUUGUAAUAUCCUGAUUCUAGUUACAGUAAUGUCAAAAUCGAUCGAAACGGACAUAAUAUACGCUUUUCAAACAUAAAUGCUUGAUGUCCGGAAAUCUGAAUGUUGGCAAGGGCCACACUUAAUGACUUGUGGGUCGGGCUGUGGCCCGCGUGCCAUCUGUUGCACACUUCUGGUAUAAACCAAUCUUUAUGCGCUAUUUGAUUACGUUGGAAGAGUAGAUCAACUGCCAAUAAAGAAAUUACAUAUGUUUCUCAAACUGUAUCGUAAGUAUCCGAUUGAGAUUCGGGGAUUGGUGCAGUUCAGGCUCUACUGUGUAUUGU